ACGCCAAAGUCAGAGCCUCUGCGUUGCCUUCUUCCUUGGAUCAUAUAGACGUCUAUCUCCUUGAUAAGAAAGACAUUUUUUUAAGUGCAGCCAUGUCUAACAGUGAGGACCUUAGUGAUCUUGACGUGGAAGAAAUCAAUGAGGAUGAAAUUCUUGCAACGCUUUCACCAGAGGAGCUUAAGGAGCUCCAGAGUGAGAUGGACGUCCUUAUCGCACCAGAUGAGAGUGUUCCUGUGGGGCAGAGACAAAAGGACCAGACGGAAAAGCCUCCGACGGGGACAUUUGACCACAGAUCUCUAGUCGAUUAUCUUUACUGGGAGAAGGAGUCCAAACGUAUGCUUGAGGAGGAACGGGUGCCGGCUACACUGCUGCCCAGUGAGAAAACUAUACAAGCUGAAGCUGAAAAGAAGGAAAUUGAAGAAAAUGAAGAUGUGAAGUAUGAAGUUUAUGAAGUCAUAGAGGAAAUCAUAGAAGACGACACUAUUGAUUGUCCAGAGGGAAUGGAAAUUAUAGAGGAAAUAAUUGAGGAAAUUAUUGAGGAAGACGAUGAGAACGACGAGGAGGAGGCCGAAGUGACUUUGUCAAAUGAAAAACAGGUGAAUCGACUUGACAAAGAAAAUGUUGAAAAAGCAAAGAUGUACCAGCUGGAGGAGAAAAAACCUGUGAUGCCUGAAAAUCCUAUUGAUAACACAAAAAGUACUAUUGCAGGAAAAAGUACACCGGAAAUUCAGUCUUCACCUGACUUAGAGAGUGAGGACAAAGAAAAAAAAUCAACUUCAGAGCAUUUGAAUCCCCAGAAGCCCUUGCAAGAGCCAGAAUUAAAGGAGGCUAGUGAAAAACUCCCAGAAAGAGAACCAAUAAAAGUAAACAAAUUAAAAAUUCCAAACCUGGCACUGAACAACAUCAAAAUGACAUCCAGACCUUCAGGAAAUGAGACUAACUUGGAAUCAACUCUUGACAAGAUCCGCAACAACAACCCGUCUGUCACGGAGGUAAACCUCAACAACAUAGAAAACAUUCCCAAAGAGAUGCUCCUGGACUACGUCAAUGCCUUGAAGAGAAACAAAUUUGUGAAAACCUUUAGUAUUGCCAACACGGGGGUUGACGAGAACCUUGCUUUUAGCCUGGCUAACAUGUUGAGGGAGAAUCGCAGCAUCACGACAUUGAACAUAGAGUCUAACUUCAUCACUGGGAAGGGGAUUGUCGCCAUCAUCCGCUGCCUCCAGUUCAAUGAGACUCUCACAGAACUUCGCUUCCACAACCAGAGGCACAUGCUGGGCCACCACGCAGAGAUGGAGAUCUCCCGCCUGCUGAAGGCCAACAACACCCUUCUGAAGAUGGGCUAUCACUUUGAGCAGCCAGGACCUCGCAUGGUGGUGACCAACAUCUUAACCAGGAAUCUGGAUCGCCAGAGGCAGCUCAGGAAGGAGGAGCAGAAGCAGCAGCAGCUAAAAGAGCAGAAACAAGUCAUGCAGAUGUAUGAAAACAGCCUCAAUCUCCCUCCUGGGAUACUGGAGAUGCUGGGGUAUGUGCCCCCGCUGGAACUCCUACAGGAACACGGGUUGGUCCCACCUUCAUCAGACCUUACUGGUUUUCCACAAAUGCAGCAUCAGGUGGAGAAGGUAGUGACACAGAAGAAACCCAAGCACAACAGCAUUCCCAAACAGCUCAGUACCGAACCAUCAAACCCAUUAAGAGAUGUCCAGUUGAGGAGAACCCCGAAAAAACGUGAUCCAUUUCUAGACCUGGACCCAAAGAAUGACAGAGGACCGGAGCGGCCAAGUUUCCAACUGAGAAAGACGCCAAAAGUGAAGGACGCGGGAUCUGAAGGGUUAUCGGACGAAAAGGCCAAUCUUAGCAGCGUGAUAAAGACUUUGAAACCUGUCCCGCGCAGACGAGUCCCUCCAAAGGUUGACCUCACGCCUCGAGAUCAACUUCUCGAUGAGAUUAAAAAGAGCAAUGUGGCGUAUCUCAAAUCUGUGCCACUCCCUAAAGAGCUGGAAUCAAGUGAGACAAGUCUCUUCUGAAACUACUUGACCUGUUUUUUCCAUGGGUGUUGACUUUUGAUAACAGUCACACCAAAUGUAUAAAAUGACUAAUCAAUUUGUGAUGUCAUGAAAAAACAAGUUGAAAGCUGUUCCACAGAAGUUCUUAUAAAAAGAGGUUUAACUUGGAUAAAACCCUUACACAGUAUUUAACAUUAAGUUUUUUGAAAUUAUCCUUUUGUAAUGUCUAUGAAGUAAAGAACUGAUUUUGUAUUAAUGUGAUUUAAAAUACUUUUUUUUUCAUUGUAGGUUAUGUUAUGUGAAGCACAGCCCUUUGCCACACACACCUUUUGUCAAUACAAAGCAUCAGUUUAAGCAUUAGCUUGAACCCCAGAGCUAUGACAUACUGAUAUUGUCAAUGUCAGGAUGGAUUUUUGCUUAAUAUUUGCUGAUAUUUAAUAAAACAGGCCUUUUCUCUCUGGUUUAUGGAAAAUGUAAUACAAUAAUCUUAAAUAAAUACUGAAUUUUUUGUUUGUCUUUUGCCACUGUGAGAGAUUUUAGGCCCUGUGCUGAUGGUACAAUGCAAUAUACCAGAAGGUAUCUGUCUUCUACAACUAACUUAAUACAUUACUCACAAUAUGUUGAGGGGAUUGGUAUUUACGUGAAUACUUUUCCCUUUCGGUCUGAAUGUUAAUGAAAUACUUACAAAUUUACUUUAAUAGUGAUUGAGAAAAAACACAAAUUUCAUUAGUUUGACAUUUAUUACCCCCAAAGUUAGGAUAAAUAAAGAUAGUCCCAAAUGACAAAAAUCAGCCAUUUCAAUAGAAGGUAUUUCCAUAGUUUGUCGAAGCUUGUCACUAGUCACCUGCUGUUCUUCUGGGGAACAGAUUUCCACAGUACAUAUAGUAUUGGGGGUUGGGGGUACAAUUAUCUUGUCUGUGCUACAGCUGGUUCCAGACGUGCUCCAUGGGGUUUAGAUCAGGAGACAUUGCUGCACUCCCACUUCCUGAAGUCCAGCUUUGACAUGAUGUGGUAGAGCCUUACCAUCUAUGAGCAGAAAGUUGGGGGUGUUCUAGUGGAAGUAGGUUCUACAAUGUCUCUGAGGUAAGAACGUGACUGGACCAUCAAACUGGUUUGAAGGCCUGGUCCCGCUGACUUUCACGGCUAUAUCACGACUGACGCAAAGAAAAUAUUUCAUCCCCAUGGUACGGACACUAUUAGGUAGUGCAACGUCCGAGAUGUGGUCGCAGAAUCGACGCGCAUACAUGACGCAGUACAAAAUUUGGCCGCUGUUACACGCAGAAAGAAUUUUUGAACUGCACAAAAAUUUUGACUGCGUGUGGUAUCAGUGGUACAGCACAAAACAGUGAGACUAUUAUGUGGAAAACACAAAAUCAGGCGUCUGUCCCAAAAAUUUAUGAAUUGAAAAACAUCCACUGUGUUAGUCACAAUAUUCCUAACUUAUCGUGUGUGGUAAACAAGCAGAAUAACAAGAAUGCCAAAAGUGAUGGUCA